AUGUCACAAAUGGAUAUAUCGCAAGUGCAAAUGGUGCGGUCUGCGAAAGGCGUUGAUAUGCUAUGUGUUGAUAAUUUCUUAUAUCAUUUUGUUGAUCGAGGGAAUAAAAGAUGCCGAUGGGUGUGCAAUAGGUUGAAAAGUAAAUACCAGCCAUGCCGUUCAAGAAUAGCCACUGUUAUAGUGGAAGGUGAUGAGUCUCAACAUAAGGUAGUGAGAGUAACGAAUGAACAUACGCAUGAACGCUGUUCCGAAAAAGAAAUUUCCAAAGUAGUUGAACGAAAACUACGUGCAGAUUUGGCUGGUAAACCAUGCACUUUGAAAAGCAAACGUAUUAAACAGAGAGAACAUUUAUCAGAUGAGGAUAGUAAUUCCAAUAGGCAAAGAUGGGUUGGAGGUUCGGAAUCUGAUGAGUGGCCUGCAGAUGAUGACGACAUAUUUCCAAAGGAAAUUAAUAAAAAUAAAGUUGUUGAAACGUAUUCCGAUAAAUCUAUCAUCGGUAAAAGUCAAGGAAAAUUCUUCAAUUUCGAAAAACAAAAGUUAUAUAUGCUUAAAACAGCACUUGGUCGCCAAAUGAUAUCAGUGGACGGUUUUUUAUAUCGCUUAGAAUCCAAAUCCAUUACAUCGAGUACUCAUCGCUGGGAGUGUAUACGACAAAAUCCCCCAUGUAAGACUCGUAUUCUUACAGAGUGCUUAACGAAUGACACUCAUCGCUUAAAGGAGCAUCAGAUAGUAUAUCACAGUCAUGACGGGUAUACCCUUUCCAAAUUGACUAAACUACUCCUUAAAAACAAUAUAAGUGUACUAACUGAAAAUGGAGACGAAAAUAAAGCAUUCAAAAGAAUUAAAGAAUCGGAAAUCGCAGAAAAUUACGCAUUAGCAAGCGGUACUUCAUCAAGUAAACCUCCGAAAAAGCGUAUAAUUGAAAAUUUGAACGCUAAAAUAAAAAAUGCGUCAACAGAAACACCUAGCAAUAGCCAAGGGAAAAUCAAACGAUUUCGAACAAAAGCGCAGCCUGUUACCUACACCUAUUCAGAAGAUCCUCUAGCAGCUCUAUCAACCAGCACAAAAUAUGACUUAGAUAAAGCAAAAUUUACGUUUUUACCUUCGGCUAAAGGCCAUAAGGUUCUUUGUCUUGAUAAUUACAUUUAUCAUUUGGAUACACGAAGUCCACGCAAUGGCCGGGCAUAUUGGACAUGUCUCUUACGUCGUGAUAAGUUUUACAAAUGUAAUGCUCGGGUAACGACAGAAAUGACACAUAAGGGUCCCAUUAUAAUACGAGUGUCCGGGACACAUUUGCAUUCAAAUCAUUCACAAGAUAUUAAACGGCGCUUGUGCAGAAGCUUUGUUGUGCAAAAUGCAGAGAAGGCCGGGUUGAAAACUGAAAAUAUUCUAAACGAGUCGGGAAAUGGAUUAAAUAAAGAAUUUAAGGAGAUUGUAGAAAGGUCGAAAGAAACCAUUGAACGUAGAAUUGGACAUCUGAGUAAGCAAGUUAGUGAUGCAGAACAAGAAAAAACGGCGAAAAGUUCAACAACAAUGGAUUUGUGUGAGAAUACUGUUUCCAGUUUUUCUAGCGUUUUAGACUCAGAUGACGAUCACCUAGAUAGUUCUUCUGUUCUACCUACAAAUUUGGAAGAAAUGCGUGAGAAUCCUAAAAUAUCUGUUGUUUGUGACACAGAUGCAAUGCCAAAUGAUUCUGAAGAUUUACAAAAGCGAGAAAUUGUUUAUAACGUUACAUACCAAGAUUUAGUGGAAGAGAUGACUGCAGGAGACGAAAUGGAAGUUGAAUAUUUAGACAUAGGUACAUACAGUAAUGAUGACCAUUUGGACAUAAGUACAAUUAAAAACGAAGAUUAUUUGGACUUAUCGACAAAUCAAAAAGAUCUAUUAGAUACAAAUUUAACAAUCGAUACAGAAAUGAAUGUAAACAACGUCUCAACUUUGCGUUCAGCGAAGGGCGGCGAAUUAUUAUGUGUCGAUGGUUAUAUUUACCAUUUGAGAAGUACGCAGAAUAAUCGCACCUAUUGGUCGUGCAUAAAAUCCAAAGAUCCGGAGCUUAAUUGCAAAAGUCGUGUAUCCACAAUCAAUGUGGAUAAUGAGAUUCGUGUUUUCCGUACAACUAACCAUCACACACAUCCGGUGAUUGAGUCAGAUAUUAAACGCCGUUUAUAUAACGAAAUAAAAAAUGAGCAAUAUGAUCCCGCUAAACUAUAUGCAGCAGCAUCAAUAGAUGCUCUGAAUACGAAAUACACAAAAAUAUUGGGAAAAGAUAGUUCGAAAAAAGGAUUAGACAAUUUCGAUGCGGAAAUCGAAGAUGCAAUAGGUAUGACGAUGAAAUUGUAUGCCGUGUCCGAUGGUCCACCAUCGCUAGCAGUUCGCAUGGUUCUUAAGGCUCUCAACAUUUCUUACGAAUUGAUUAAUAUCGAUUUCAUCGCGGGAGAACAUAUGACCGAGGAAUAUGCCAAACUUAAUCCGCAAAAAGAAAUUCCCGUACUUGACGAUGAUGGCUUUUAUUUAUCCGAAAGCAUUGCAAUAAUGCAGUAUAUUUGUGAUAAAUAUGGACCAAAUAACAAUCUUUAUCCGAAGGAUGCAGCUAAGCGCGCUAUUGUGAACCAUCGGCUCUGUUUCAACAUGGGCUUUUACUAUGCAGCCAUUUCAGCUCAUAGCAUGGCACCCAUAUUUUUCGAUUACCAACGCACCGAUAUGAGCCUUAAAAAAGUUAAUAAUGCCUUAAGUGUUUUUGAAAUAUAUUUGCGAGAUGGAAACACAAAGUAUGCUGCUGCAGAUUUUUUGACUAUUGCUGAUUUCGGUUUAGUGUCAGCCACUUUGUGCUUAGAAGCAAUAAACUUUGAUUUGUCACCUUAUCCAUUGGUACAGAAAUGGUACGAAACAUUUAAGCUGGAAAACCCUGAAUUGUGGAAAAUUGCAAAUGGUGGAAUGCAGGAAAUUGCGGAAUUCGAGAAAAAUCCUCCUGAUUUAUCUCACAUGAAGCAUCCAUUUCAUCCAACACGCAAAUUAAAAGAAUAAAAUUGGACACUUGGAAAUUCACAUUUACUGUACUAUGAAUACAAAUACACAUACAUACAUAUGUGCUGAUGCAACACAUUCACAUAGAUUACUAUUAAGAUUUGAGCUACUUGGACUUUAGGUUCUUUUACUGGAAGUGCUCCAAUUCAUGUUAAUAAAAUUACUGUUACCACAAUA